AUGAGUCGGUUGAUUGACAAGGAGCCACUUCCAACGCAUCAAAAGCCAUUGCGAGUGGUUGUUGCAGGGCUUUCCCGUACAGGGACGGCAUCCUUGUAUGUUGCUCUACAAGAACUUGGAUUCACGCCAUGGCAUAUGUGCGAGCCCAUCGACGAUCCUCGACAGAUGUACAAUCAAUGGACGGAGGCGAUGAAUUGCCGUUUCUUCAAUCAAGGCCGUCACUACGAUCGGGAUGAUUUUGACCGUCUGAGAGGAAAAUACGAUGCUCUUCUAGAUAUACCCGCGAGUCUGUUCUGGGAAGACUUGCGUCGACUGUAUCCGGAAGCGAAGAUUAUUCUCACUACUCGGUCCGCCGACUCGUGGUUCCAAUCUGUUCACAACACCAUCAUCCCUUGGCUGGAAAAGCCGAUCUUGAAUGUCCUUCAAUUUGUUGAACCCAGACGCCUGCGACCUGAAUUGCGCAUGGUCAAGACAGCUUACAAAGUGAUUUGCAAUAAUGACUACCGCAGUGAUUCUCUCAGGCAAAGAUUCCUUGAUCACAAUAACCGAGUGCGAUUCGGAGUACAAUCUGAGAGUUUUUUGGAAAUGCAACUGGGGGAUGGCUGGGAACCCCUGUGUGCAUUCCUUAGGGUUCCGGUGCCAGACAAACCGUACCCCAAGAUCAACAACACGAAUGAAUUCAACCAAGGAGCAAGCGAAGCAGAUGCAGCAAUUUUAGGCGGGCUUCUGAGACCGUGGCUGGCUGCCAUAGUUCCAAUAGCAGUGGCCGCAUGGUGGCUCUUGGCUUGA